CCCCGCGAGGCACCGCCUUUCAGUUAGCGCUCGCUGAUUGGUCGCUGCUCGCGCGGUCUCCUGGGUGACGGGAACGCGGUAGCCUGCUUGGUGGAGACCGGGUGCGCCUGCGUACUUCAUAGUUCGCGUAGCUGCUCGAGCCUGGAGAUGAAGCGUAUUUUCUCACUGCUAGAAAAGACUUGGCUUGGCGCACCAAUACAGUUUGCCUGGCAAAAAACAUCCGGAAACUACCUUGCAGUAACAGGAGCUGAUUAUAUUGUGAAAAUCUUUGAUCGCCAUGGUCAAAAAAGAAGUGAAAUUAACUUACCUGGUAACUGUGUUGCCAUGGAUUGGGAUAAAGAUGGAGAUGUCCUAGCAGUGAUUGCUGAGAAAUCUAGCUGCAUUUAUCUUUGGGAUGCCAACACAAAUAAGACUAGCCAGUUAGAUAAUGGCAUGAGGAAAACAUACUAAGAGAAUCACUUGUGGAUGUUGGAAUACAGAAAAUCUGCUUGCUUUAGGUGGUGAAGAUAAAAUGAUUACAGUUAGUAAUCAGGAAGGUGACACGAUAAGACAGACACAAGUGAGAUCAGAGCCUAGUAACAUGCAGUUUUCCUUGAUGAAGACAGAUGACCGAACCUCUGCUGCUGAAAGCAUGAUAAGUGUGGUGCUUGGCAAGAAAGCUUUGUUUCUUUUUAAUCUGAAUGAACCAGAUAACCCAGCUGAUCUUGAAUUUCAGCAGGACUUUGGCAACAUUGUCUGCUAUAAUUGGUAUGGUGAUGGCCGCAUCAUGAUUGGUUUUUCACGUGGACAUUUUGUGGUCGUUUCUACUCAUACUGGAGAGCUUGGUCAAGAGAUAUUUCAGGCUCGUAACCAUAAAGAUAAUCUAACUAGCAUUGCAGUGUCACAGACUCUUAACAAAGUUGCUACAUGUGGAGAUAACUGCAUUAAAAUCCAAGACUUGGUUGACUUAAAAGACAUGUAUGCUAUACUCAGCCUGGAUGAGGAAAAUAAAGGAUUGGGUACCUUGUCCUGGACUGAUGAUGGCCAGUUGCUAGCACUCUCUACCCAAAGGGGCUCACUUCAUGUUUUCCUGACCAAGCUUCCUAUACUUGGGGAUGCCUGCAGCACAAGGAUUGCCUAUCUCACCUCCCUCCUUGAAGUCACCGUAGCCAACCCUAUUGAAGGAGAGCUACCAAUCACAGUUUCUGUUGAUGUGGAACCCAACUUUGUGGCAGUAGGUCUUUAUCAUCUGGCUGUAGGAAUGAAUAAUCGAGCUUGGUUUUAUGUCCUUGGAGAGAAUGCUGUGAAAAAAUUGAAAGAUAUGGAGUAUCUGGGAACAGUAGCCAGUAUUUGCCUUCAUUCUGACUAUGCUGCUGCACUUUUUGAAGGCAAAGUCCAGUUACAUUUGAUAGAAAGUGAAAUAUUGGAUGCUCAAGAAGAACGUGAGACUCGGCUUUUCCCAGCAGUGGAUGAUAAGUGCCGUAUCUUAUGCCAUGCCUUAACUAGUGAUUUCCUCAUCUAUGGUACAGAUACUGGUGUCGUUCAGUAUUUCUACAUUGAAGACUGGCAAUUCGUUAAUGAUUAUCGACAUCCUGUCAGUGUGAAAAAGAUUUUUCCCGACCCAAAUGGUACCAGAUUAGUUUUCAUUGAUGAAAAAAGUGAUGGAUUUGUUUACUGUCCAGUUAAUGACACUACCUAUGAGAUUCCAGAUUUUUCACCAACCAUUAAAGGUGUUCUUUGGGAAAACUGGCCAAUGGAUAAAGGUGUAUUUAUUGCUUAUGAUGAUGAUAAGGUGUACACUUAUGUCUUUCACAAGGACACUAUACAAGGAGCCAAGGUUAUUUUGGCUGGUAGCACCAAAGUUCCUUUUGCUCAUAAACCUUUGCUGCUAUAUAAUGGAGAGUUGACCUGCCAAACACAGAGUGGAAAAGUAAACAACAUCUACCUUAGCACCUAUGGCUUUCUCAGCAACUUCAGAGAUACGGGGCCUGACGAACUGAGACCAAUGCUGGCACAGAAUUUAAUGCUAAAAAGGUUCUCUGAUGCUUGGGAAAUGUGCAGGAUUCUGAAUGAUGAGGCUGCCUGGAAUGAGUUGGCCAGAGCUUGUCUACAUCACAUGGAAGUGGAGUUUGCAAUCCGUGUUUAUCGGAGAAUUGGAAAUGUUGGCAUGGUGAUGUCCUUGGAACAAAUAAAGGGAAUAGAGGACUACAAUCUUUUGGCAGGACACCUUGCCAUGUUUACCAACGAUUAUAACCUGGCUCAGGACCUGUACCUUGCAUCCAGCUGUCCUAUUGCUGCCCUGGAGAUGAGAAGGGAUUUACAGCAUUGGGACAGUGCUCUACAACUGGCAAAGCGUUUGGCCCCAGACCAGAUUCCUUUUAUAUCAAAAGAAUAUGCUAUUCAGCUUGAAUUCGCGGGUGAUUAUGUAAAUGCUUUGGCUCAUUAUGAGAAAGGAAUAACAGGUGACAAUAAGGAACAUGAUGAAGCUUGUCUGGCUGGAGUGGCCCAGAUGUCCAUAAGAAUGGGAGACAUACGUCGAGGGGUUAACCAAGCCCUCAAGCAUCCCAGCAGGGUCCUUAAAAGAGACUGUGGAGCCAUAUUGGAGAAUAUGAAGCAAUUUUCAGAAGCAGCCCAGCUGUAUGAAAAAGGUCUCUACUAUGACAAAGCAGCAUCUGUUUACAUCCGCUCUAAGAAUUGGGCAAAAGUUGGUGAUCUUCUGCCCCACGUUUCUUCUCCUAAGAUCCAUUUGCAGUAUGCCAAAGCCAAGGAAGCAGAUGGAAGAUACAAAGAAGCUGUUGUGGCUUAUGAGAAUGCAAAACAAUGGCAAAGUGUAAUCCGCAUCUAUCUGGAUCACCUCAAUAAUCCUGAAAAAGCUGUCAGUAUUGUUAGAGAGACCCAGUCUCCGGAUGGAGCCAAAAUGGUAGCCAGGUUUUUUCUACAGCUUGGUGACUAUGGGUCUGCCAUCCAGUUUCUUGUCAUGUCCAAAUGUAACAAUGAAGCUUUCACACUGGCUCAGCAACACAACAAAAUGGAAAUCUAUGCAGAUAUUAUUGGUUCUGAAGACACUACUAAUGAAGACUAUCAAAGCAUUGCCUUAUACUUUGAAGGAGAGAAGAGAUAUCUUCAGGCUGGAAAAUUCUUCUUGCUGUGUGGCCAAUAUUCACGAGCACUUAAACACUUCCUGAAAUGCCCAAGCUCAGAAGACAAUGUGGCAAUAGAAAUGGCAAUUGAAACUGUUGGUCAGGCCAAAGAUGAACUGCUGACCAAUCAGCUGAUAGACCACCUCUUGGGGGAAAACGAUGGCAUGCCUAAGGAUGCCAAGUACCUGUUCCGCUUGUACAUGGCUCUGAAGCAAUACCGAGAAGCUGCCCAGACUGCCAUCAUCAUUGCCAGAGAAGAGCAGUCUGCAGGCAACUACCGGAAUGCACACGAUGUUCUUUUCAGUAUGUACGCAGAACUGAAAUCCCAGAAGAUCAAAAUUCCCUCCGAGAUGGCCACCAACCUCAUGAUUCUGCACAGCUAUAUACUAGUGAAGAUUCAUGUUAAAAAUGGAGAUCACAUGAAAGGGGCUCGCAUGCUUAUUCGGGUGGCCAACAACAUCAGCAAAUUUCCAUCACACAUUGUACCAAUCCUGACGUCAACUGUGAUUGAGUGCCACAGGGCAGGCCUGAAGAACUCUGCUUUCAGCUUCGCAGCUAUGUUGAUGAGGCCUGAAUACCGCAGCAAAAUAGAUGCCAAAUACAAAAAGAAGAUCGAGGGAAUGGUCAGGAGACCUGAUACAUCUGAGAUAGAAGAGGCCACGACUCCAUGUCCAUUCUGCAAAUUUCUUCUCCCAGAGUGUGAACUCCUCUGUCCUGGAUGUAAAAACAGUAUCCCAUAUUGCAUUGCAACAGGUCGACACAUGUUGAAAGAUGACUGGACAGUGUGUCCACAUUGUGACUUCCCUGCUCUGUACUCAGAAUUGAAGAUCAUGCUAAACACUGAAAGCACAUGUCCUAUGUGUUCAGAAAGAUUAAACGCUGCUCAACUGAAAAAGAUUUCAGACUGUACCCAGUACCUGCGAACGGAGGAGGAACUGUGAGCGGCAUGUGCAGAUACAAUGCUCCUGAGAAGACAGCAUUUUCCACAGGAGGCUGUUUCCUUCCCUGGUGCAUUUAUUUAAGAGACGGUCCUUUCUGGAUACAGAGAAAUGAACCAACAGUGACCUCUCCAGGUUGGCACUUCCCACUUCUGUACAGUGGCAAAACGAUGAUGUGUAACCUUGCUGUUUAUUGUACUUUGUAUAUUUCCUCUUCAAAGUCUUACACACUCUAUCCUCUGCACUGUUAAUAGUAACCUAUGACAUAAUUGUAAAUAUUCAGCUUUUUGAUAACUUUUGUAUUUUGAAAUACUUUAAAAUAAAAUUGUUGACUAGAUAUUUUAUCUAGAUAAUCAAA